UGCCAAUUAUAUCCCUCCAAGCAUCUCAUCCAGAGAAAAAGGAAAAUCCAUACAAUCAUCAGCUUCCGUUUUCUUUUCUUUUUUUUCUUUUCUUAAUUAUUUUUAUUUUAAAAUAAUAAUAUUUUUCUUAUGAAUCUUAAUCGAAGACAUCGAAAUCGUUUCUUUCGCUAGAAUCUUAGCUCUGUUUGCUAGCUUAGAAAAUGCAUACGCAUUUCCAAUGUUUAAAGUUCCUAAUCAAAUAGCAAAAAUUGUAAAUUUGAGAUUCUUGCCUUUCCCUUUAUAGGAAUAAUUACGCUGUAUAGGGUUUUCCGAUUUGCACUCUUUCCCUUUCUCGGUCGAUUUGACUUGUGUUUUUGGUUUUGCUUCAAUCGUCGUUUGAUGUCUGCCAAUUUGUAAAUUUUGAUCAAUUAGGGUGUUAUUUCCUUUGUUUAGUUGGAGCGACACAUAUAUAUUUGUGUAUAUAUACAUAGAGAGAGAGAGAGAGAGAGAGAGAGGAAGAGGGGUUAUCGAUGGUAGGGGAAGUGCAGCUGGAGGCAGUGGAUGCAGGGAAUCCGAGCGACUCUGAUCCUCUGCUCCAAAACAAGGCUGAUUCAUCAUCGCAGUCACCUGGAAGCUCGAGUGAGAUUAACAAUGAAGAAGACAUUGAGAAUAGUUCUGUUCCUUGUUGCCGCAUUUGUCUCGAGAGCGAUUGCGAACUAGAUCAUUGGAUGCCCUGCAAAGUGGCUGUCAAUUUUCUGGGGGUCUUUGCAAUCUCAGCUUCCUCAUUGGUAGCAACUACUGUGAACCAAGUGUUUCCAUGUGAUGAAUUAAUAUCUCCAUGCAUGUGUAAAGGCACCCAGCAGUUUGUUCAUCGUUCAUGCCUUGAUCACUGGCGCUCAGUUAAGGAAGGAUUUGCUUUCUCUCACUGCACAACAUGCAAGGCCCAGUUUCAUCUUCGAGUUGCGUUGUUUGAGGACAACUCAUGGCGCAAAGUGAAAUUCAGACUUUUUGUAACAAGGGAUGUUAUCAUUGUAUUUCUGGCUGUUCAAACCGUGAUUGCUGCAAUGGGUGGUUUUGCAUACUUUAUGGAUAAAGAUGGCGCCUUUAGGAAUUCAUUCAGUGAUGGUUGGGAUCAAAUUCUGUCAAGACAUCCAAUACCAUUUUACUAUUGUAUAGGGGUACUGGCAUUCUUUGUGCUGCUUGGUUUUUUUGGCCUUAUACUACAUUGCUCCUCCCUCAAUAGUAAUGAUCCCCGAAUGGCUGGCUGCCAGAACUGCUGUUAUGGAUGGGGAAUCCUGGAUUGCUUUCCUGCUUCCAUGGAGGCAUGCUUUGCAUUGGUUUUGGUUUUUGUUGUUAUCUUUGCCAUUCUAGGCAUAGCUUAUGGUUUCCUUGCUGCCACCAUGGCCAUUCAAAAGAUCUGGCAGAGACACUACCACAUCCUUGCUAAGAGGGAGCUAACGAAGGAAUACAUCGUAGAGGAUCUUCAUGGCUGCUAUACACCGCCAAAGUUGGAUUCAGAACAUGAAGAACGUCUGAAAAUGCUCAAGCUUUUAUAAUGAUGGGAGGGUUGAAGUUAUAAGACAUAUUCCUUACUUGUAUAUCAAAUUAAUAGGGAUGUUAAAGCUUCAUAAUGUUUCUUAUCUGAGAUAAAGAACUGGCAUGUUGUGUUUUGUUUGCUUGGCAAGCUUAUCAAACAGACGAAGGAUGAGAGCAUAUUAAUGCAUUAUGACCUGUACUUUUGUUGUGAA